AUGUGGCUAAAGCCUGAGGAGGUGCUCCUGAAAAACGAGGUGAAGCUGUGGCUGAUGGAAAGGAAGACUAGUUCCUUCUGCAACGACGUCUGGGCUUGGAUGGGGGGCGGGGCAGGCAGGGUAGGCGGGGUGGGGCUUAUAGGUGCCUUAGUAGAUCAGGGUGUCUUUGAAGAACUUAUCAGGGAUCACAUUCAGCUGAGUAAACUCACGACUGAUAUGACGUUCUUUUCCUCAGUUUCUCUCUCUUGGUUCAUGAAUGUGGUGGACUAUUUCUUCUAUGAUGGAAUAAAGGUCAUUUUACAACUAGGAUUGACAAUACUUGACUAUAAUUUAGACACACUGCUGGCAUGUAAAAAUUAUGUUGAAGCCGUGACAGCUUUAAAUAAGUUCUUUGACAGUACAACUACUAAGGAUAGCCCAUUGCCUUCAAGUGUUCAGCAAGGUUCAAAUGAUGAAAAAAGAAGUCAUAUUAGAGUGGGUAUUACAGAUUUGAUUAGAGAGUCAAAUAAGAAAUAUGGUAAUAUUAAUUUUGAAGAUAUACACAGCAUGUGCUGUCAAAAUAGCUUGUAUGUGAUAUGGACCCUAGAGAAAAUGACAAGCAGAAUGGUAUUGUGUAUUGUAUCACAAGAUAUGAAAUUGAGCCUUCUUGAAUUGGAUGAACUUUAUGUCAUCUUUAAGAAAGAGCUGAUUUUUAGAUUAGGUUAUUGGUGUUUGAGUUGUCCAGUAUUGAAGUACCAUGACCCUAGUCUGCCAUAUUUGUAACAGUAUUAGAUUGACUGCCAGGAGUUCAGAGUGUUAUAUUACUUGUUGAGUCCUUGGGCUCCUUCUGUAAACAGAUACUCACUAGCUUUAUGGACAUUCAGAUUGUUGGACAAAAACUCUGACUGCCUUAUAAACUUCAAAGGAUUCUCCUCUGCAAUUGACAUUGUAUACAAUGGAAGUUUUACUGAGAAACUUAAACUGCUUUUUAAGCUGAAUAUUCCUUCAGCUUAUAUUGAAGUGAAAUUCAAGGACCUUUCAAAGGGAAAUGAACUUUCUAAGGAAGAGUAAUUGCUUUAUUUCAGUCAGCUCCAUGUUUCCAAGCGUGUGAGAAGGAAGGAGAAUCAGUUAAAAAAAAAAAGCCCUGAAAAAGGCAAAGGAAAAGUUGAUAUUCAAGAAGAUCUAAGUCAGUGGCAAGAUGAGCUUUUCAAAAAAGAAAACAUUAAGGAUAUACCAAGAAUGAAUCAGUCACAGUUUAUUCAGUUUCCAAAGACCCUUUAUAACUUAUUUCACGGGGACCCUGACGAGGAGUUGUUGUAUCAAGCCAUUGCUGUUGUAACCAGCCUUUUGCUCAGAAUGGAAGAAGCUGGAAGAAUAUUUCAUAGCCCUACAUCAUCAGCCAAAGGAUUCUCUGGUACGGUUUGUGCUUCUGGAAGACACAGUGAGGGGGAAACAGAGAGGCCCUUGGAGAAAAAUUCCUCCUUGCUCAGGGAAGGGCCUCAGUGGUCAUUUGCAUUUGAACAGAUUCUUGCAUCUUUGUUGAAUGAACGGGCAGUGGAGAGGUUUUUUUUUUUUGUUUUUGUUUUUUUUUUUUUUGAGAAACCCAUAGAUGUAAAAGCCAAACUAGAAAAUGCAAAAACUUCUCAGUUAAGUUUUAGAAACAACAUUUAA